AUGUCGUGGCGACCCAAGAGCGGCCGGGCCAGCAUUCCCAAAAAGCAACCAGGCUGCGAGACCGAAGGAACAAGACCGGGAGGUCCAAUCCGAGGACUGGCCCAAUCAACCGACCUUGCCUUCUCCGGCUCCUGGCGAGGAAGUCGCCGGAAGAAUGACUGGCCUAAGAAGAAGGAGGAGGGAUACGGAGGCACACAUCUUGGUCCCAGUCGACAACUGCGAAGUUAG